GCACAUUUAAAGAAAGGCAGAGGGCGAAAGGAGGCAAGAGAGGAGAAGAAAGAGAAACCAGGGGGGCGAGGCGCCGUCCAAUGACAAAGCCCAGGGGUGGGCGCCGGCCGCCAUCUUGAACCGGGCGGCAGGAUAUCCACCCGCGUCCUCCGCCCUCGGAGGGGGAGGGGCGGCGGAGGCGAGAAAAGUAGCGAGAGACGCGCCGGGCGGGAGGCGCCAGCAGCGGCCGCCGCUGCCGAGCCAAGCCAGACGCGGGCGGGCACGGCGGCGACAGCGGGACCAGGCGAGCGCGGGCGGCCCCGAGUGGCCUCCGAUGCGGCGCAGCGUGAAGAGGCGGCGGCGCCGGCCCCCGGCCGCGGCCGCCCAGGGCGGCGGCUUUAGAACGGGAGGAGGGGCCGGGCUGGAGGCGCGGGAGGAGAAGGUGGUGUACUCGCGGUCGCAACUGUCGCUGGCCGACAGCACCAAGGCGCUGGGCGAUGCCUUCAAGCUGUUCAUGCCCCGCAGCACGGAGUUCAUGAGCUCGGACGCGGAGCUCUGGAGCUUCCUCUGCAGCCUCAAGCACCAGUUCUCCCCGCACAUCCUACGCAGCAAGGACGUCUACGGCUACGCCUCCUGCCGGGCCCUGGUGCCGGACCCCCCGGACCCCCCUACCGCCCGCGGCCUGACGCGCCGGCCGGCCCCGCGCGCGGCCGCCAGGAGGAGGCGCCGCGGAGCCCGAGCGGCCGCCGCGGGCAGGAGGCGGCCCCGGCUGCCCCCGCCGCCGCCGCCGCCGCCGCCGCUGCCGGCCCCCGAGGAUUCCUGCCCGGUGAAGCCCGUGGCGCCGGGGCCCUGUUUCGGGGGCCGCACCCUGGAGGAGAUCUGGAGGGCGGCCACCCCGACGCUGACCACCUUCCCCACCAUCCGCGUCGGCGGCGACGUGUGGGGCGAGCGCAGCCUGGCGGCGGCGCGGCGCAAGGCGCGCCAAGUCCUGCGAGUGGACCUGGAACCCGUGGUGAGGCUCCGCCGCUUCCCGGUGCCACGGGCUUGAGGCGCCGCCCCGAGGGCGCCUCCUGCCCGCCCCCGGCCCUGGACGGAGCUUCCGCCUGGAGAAAUGAACAAGUGUCAGUCGAGUGUUUACAGACCCCGCCAGGACCGUCCCCUAGUGCACUUUACGCGCGAGGAAGUCCCCGGAUGGUUUCCCUGCCCCGAGCCCCGGGGAUGCGACCCCGCCGUCUGGAACUCCGGGACAGGUGUACCCCGUGCUGCCUCCCCGCAUCGCGUCUGCGAAGGAGGAGACCGCUGGACCCGCAGGGGAGGUCCCUUUGCUUCCUAACCCCAGAUUGAGACGUUUCCAGGACUACAGGGGCAGAUUGGUUUUCUCCCUUUCGGACUCUACCUCACUGGUCUGGAAGUCCUCCGAAGUCAUUCUUUUCCAAAGGAAUUUGUUUUCGUGCUUGUGUAAUAAAGCCAGAAUUUGCUUGCUCUUUAACCCCCGCCUCCAUUUUUCUUUUUGACUGCCACCCCUCUUUCUGGACGGAAGAUCAAACAUGUUUUGUGGUGUUGCACUAGUUUGUGCUCAGGGUAUUCUGAAUCCCACUCGUUUCUUAAUUUUUACUGAAUUUCAAAGCUUUGACCAAGGAUUUUUUUUUUUUUUUUUUUUGAGAGGAUCAAGCUUGAUUGUUAGUAGUGCAAGGAUUUAUAUGGCUUUGAUUUUUAUGGGCUCAGUGAUUACAAACAAAGAGAUGUAAAGUCCAAUUGGUUAAACAUUUUAAAGGUGUUUCUAAAGUUUAAUGUUUUUAUUUACUGAGCUCCUAAAGAAAAUGGUAUAAUACACAAAAGUUUUGUUUAUGAAAAGUUGACUUGUUGAAUUUUUUUAAUUGAAUAAAAUUUGAAGUGCAUUGAAACCACAUGGCUUGUGAUUGGAAAAAAAAAACAGUGAAGAACUGGUGUUGGUUGCAGGAAUGACUGGAAUUCAAUUGGAGAUGAUCUGGCCUCAUGAAGUGGUCUAACAUAAAAAUCGAGGAAUGUUAAUGAGAGGACAAUAUGUUUUAAAACUGAAGUUGCUUAGGAGAGAUGAAUGUGUGUCAACCUUGUGAAUAAAGUGACAGAAUACCCAUUAGAAACCUCAACAUGAUCUAGGGAAGGGUGGAGGCAUUUCUUAGUAUCAAGUAACUGGUUGAAGUUACUUUGGGCAAAAUAGAUUUCUUUCUUUGUUUUUAUUGUUGGAUAACAAGAAAUGUCAAGACUAAUGUUCAUCACAUUUGUAAACAUUAUGACAAUUAGUUGACUUUUUUUGUCCUGUGAAUUUUUUUUUGAUCUUUUUCCAUUCAUAAUUAUGUUUGCAGUCUUUGUUUGAUAGCUGAAGGCCACAGAAAUCAAACAGGCAAGCCACCCAGAGUACUGACCCUUCUUUUACACUUUUGUAAUAGUGUGUAUACCAUAUGGCCUAGUGUGGAAUUCUUGAUUAUCCAAGUGCCUUUGGUCAAUGGUGGCAGCAAGACUCAAUGGUUAUUAGACAGUGGUGCCACAGCCAGCUUUUACUGCAAUACCUAAAGGGUCAAGUAGUGUUUUUAUACCACAGUUAUUUCAAAUUCAAGUAUUCUGCCAUUGAACUAAGCAUACAGGGCUGGAACUUGGCAUGUGAAACCCCCAAUACUAAGGUUUAUCUCUGCUUGGCAGCUUAUUAGGAAAAUAAUGAGAGUUGUGAUUUUGACUCUUGUGUUCCUAGAAUUCAAAUGGCAUAGCUUUCUGAUGAUUAUUUUAAGUUUAAUAGUUCAUAGUAGGAAUGUCGUGACUUUCAUUUCAGUGUUCUUGUUUUGUAAAAAAAAUUAUAUCUAUACAUAUAUAUAUAUGACUUAAUGCCAGUUUCCCAGUAAGCCUCAUAGUCUUUUAUUCACUACUCAAUGAUGAUGCAUUGUUUCAAAUACUGUCACAUGAGUAAAUAAAAAAGUGAAUAAUUACUUAGAAGAUGGAGAGUGUUAAAUUAUAGUUGUGUGAUAGGAAGCUGAGACAUUUUUUGGGUCAUUAGCUUCCAUUGCCAUUUGUAUUUCAGAUACAUAGCAGUUUCUUUCCAAAAAUAUAUUGUUAACUUUUAUAGCUAAGUAGCACCUGAAAAAAAGUAUUUGUACCAUUUCACUAUUGUAUAUAGUUUUAUAAUGAUUAAAAAAGAAAAUCCAAUGGCCAUAUUAGAAUGUAAUUUCAACAUAUAACUUAUCUAGAUAGUUUCCCAGAGGAUUUUGAAAUUAGUUGAGAGAAUUAACUUCUCAGCACACAACUGAAACAUAACCAGUGACACCUUGCAUUUAUUUUAACUGAUAAUCUUGACAUUUUUUCCUCUUAUGCCUUGUUACUUUAGUGCACUUGAAUGUGCAUAAAUGCUUUUUUGGCUUAUUUGGGCUAUCUGAUUUCAGUUUGGAUUUGAUUGCCCAUCUUGAAUUCAAUGUGGUUCAUGUGGACGAUUAAAAAAAUCAUGCCGUUUCUAGUUUAUGAAGUAAGAUGUAAGAAAUAUUUUUGCCAAGUUUUCUUUAGCAAAGCCUGUCUUGCAACUUCUAAAAUGUGGAGAAACAUCUGAUAGUUGACUAGUAUGUUAAUAGGAAAGUGAAAGUAUUUUAUGGGUACCUAUGGGCAGAGUGUGAAAAGAAAAUUGGCAUAGUGGCCUUUAUGAUGAGGCAUCCAUUAAUUGUCUCUAAAGUGAGUCUGUAGCUUAGCUUGUGUAUAGUUUUUUUUAAAAAGAAGUCCCAUGAUCUUUAUUUGUUCUCUUGCCUUCACAUAUCUCAUAUGGCACAAGUAGAGGAAGCUAGGAGGAAAUUUAUCACCUUGCUAUACUUUUGAUUUUUGACUUUUGAGUGCCUAAAUGUGACUGGCACAUCAAAUAACCUUUUGAUUUUUUUUAUCCUCCUUCCUAUCAACCAGUAACGCAUUUUUAUGUCACUAAAACCAGUAAUGUCAUGAUUGUGAGGGCAAGCUUCAUUGAUAGUGCAAAGUGUUGCUGUUGUGGCGUGUAUUUAUUUUUUGUCUGUUUGAGUACUCUAUUGGACAAGUGUAACUUAAGCUGGUGGCACAUACCUGUUGAUUUGCCAUGUGCAAAUGUUAGUACUAUUUUUCAGAAAACUCUUCAAUAAAAUACCUUUAAAAUAGUUGAAUACAAAAAGUCUGAGCAAUUUUGAACUCAAAAGGUUUUUUUUUGGGAGGUUGUUUUAAGGGUUGCAACAUGGUGAUUUUUAAUGAUCAUAUAUACCUAACAUUUGGUUUAUUGGUGUGUUUAAAUAUUUUUUUGAUAAACUGUUAUGUCUUAAUUGCAUUAGAAAGCAAUUGUAGUAGAACUGAAGUGUUUCCCUGGAAAGUUUAAUGUGCAUAUGAUUAAGAUUUACAAUUUGGUUGUACUUUGCUUUUUAACUUAUUAACUGUAAAUAAAUUUUAGAGAAUACACAAUGUCUAGUUUUUCUAUUUAGGUUGAAAUUUUUUGAAAUGGGAUUUUGUGCUUAAAGUAAAUCAGAAAACAAUUUAUAAUUUGAUAAACUUUGACUUUUAUCAACUUAAAACUCCUAGAAAUCUCAAGAUUUUUGUUUUGUGCUGUCUUGGGAGUCUAUCUUCCAUUGAUUCAUUGGUUAUCUUGUGAAUCUCUAGUAUGGUGCUUCAGUUGCAAGCCAUUUACCCAUUCAGCCAGCAAUAGACCCCUUUAAGAAUGCAUCAUAAUUCAGGGUUCUAAAUCCUGAUCCCAAGUUCCUUUGUGGUGGUGAUAAAAGAUCUAAAUCUCCUAUUCUUUCAUAUUGUAAAUGAAAGGAAGAGUGGUCUAUAUGAAUAGCAGUAAAGACUUCCACAAAUAAGGGUAGAGCCAGAAUUUUCAUUAUAGUCUAGAAGGCAGAAAUGGAGUAUUAGCAAACUCUACAGCAAGGUCAGGAUUCAUAGUACUGUGUAGACUGAACUGCCUUCACACCCAAGUUCUUAUCAGUAGAUGGAGGUAGCAAAAUGAAUAGCUGUGGUGUCAUAGUGCCAGGCCUGGAAUUAUCAUGAGUGGUUUCAUGGCUCGCAAGUGUUGGGACUCUAGGUAAAUAAUUGUUUGUGCCUUAGACUCCUCAUUAGCAAAUGUAGUUGGUAAAAUAAUGAGUUAUUGUAAGGAUUGGAAGGGAUGAUAAUUCUAGAGACCUAGGAAGUGCUUAAUCAAUGCUAUUAACUGGAAGUAUACAUGCUGAGAAUAAAUAUGUAUACUGAGAGUGAUCCCUUGGGAGUUUAGCUCUCCAGUUUUUUCAGCAUACCAACCAAGAACAGAUCAUGGACUAGGAAAGCUGUGAGAUAAGGUAAUUCAUGGGUGAAUUAAGUUGAAAACAAAUUAUAUUUUUAGCUCUGCCAAAACGUUUUUUUAGCAGCAAAGUUUAGAUAAAAUCAAUUUAUUAUAAUUUUUGCUCUUAGAAUUUUUCUUUUAGAACUUUGAUUUUUUUUAUCAUAUCACUGAAAGAUGUUUAAAAUGUGCCAUCAGAUAUUUUAAAGUGUCUGAGAAUUAAGCCAGGCAUGGUGGCAUAUGCCUAUAGUCCCAAUACUCAGCAGGCUUAGGCUGGAAGAUUGCUUGAGUCCAUUAGUUCAAGACUAGCCUGGACAACAUAGAAAGACCCUGUAUCAACAAAACAACAACAACAACAAAAAAAAUGAAGUAUCUGAACAUGUAUAAAAGCAAUAGAACAAAGCUGCUGAUCCAAGAACUUUUAAACAGUUUGCACAAAAUUUUAGAGUAAGUUCAGUAGGGAGUGCUCAAUAACCUUGUUAAUAUUUCUGCAUAGAAUCAACAUAGAAUUCGUUUUUAUGAAGUUAGUGUUCAGGUUUUAAAGGAAACAAAUACAAUAACUGUGCUUGAAACAGCAGAGAAUUAUUAUUAAAAGUAAAAAUAUUCUCAUUUUCAAAGCACUGGCACACUCAGUUUUAGAUGUUGGAUAAAAGCCAGUAAUUUAGCUUUGAUUCCUCCUAACACAAAGAAUAACAGACCGUGGUCUAAAUUAGUGAGCAAGCCAAAGGUGCAGUAUCUGAAGUUGACACAAAAUAAUUUCUUGGAAAAGCAUAAUAUGGAAGUAGUGAAGGUGCAAAAACCUCAAAAUUGAGCCUGAUUGCAGAUUUCACAAAAGCAGUGGGUUUUUGCUGUCAUUGCUCUUACAUCUUAGUAAAUAUUCUAAGUUCUGAUCUGUAGCACAAUAAACACACUCAAGGCCCGAUUUGAAGGUGAUGAUCAUGACCCCAAACAAUAUGAUUAGCCCUGCACAUCUGAAUAAAUAUUCUAUUGUACUGACUUAGCUUCUGAAAGUACUCAUAGAAAAGUUAAAUUCAUUCAAGUUGUAAAAUUAAUUAUGAAGUGUAUAUGUAUUUCUCUCAAGAUUUUUUCAACUAUUCUUUCAAUGUUUAAAGAGUAUAGGAAAGAAUGGAUGUAAUUUAUUAUCCUGAGUCUCACCGAUUCAAAGAAGUACUGAAGCAAAAUAUAUGUGCAAAAGUACACAUAGUUAGUGUACAGUUUGGUGAAUUUUCAUAAAUUUAAUAGACUCGUGGAACCUGUACUCAGAUUAGCAAAAACAUUACUAAUACCCCAGAAGUACCUCCUAAUGCCUCUGUCAGUCACUCUUGCUUCCUCCCUGCAACUCAAUAAUUAUUAUUCUGACUUCGUACAGCAUAAAUAACUUUUGACUAUUUUUUGGCUUUAUAUAAAUGGGAUUAUGUGUCAUGUGCUUAGUUUCUUUCAUUUAAAAUUAUGCUUGUGAGUUCCAUCUGUAUUGUUGCAUGUAAUUAUAGAUCAGUUAUUGGCAUGUAGAAUUCUGUUGUGUGAAUAUUCCAAAAUAAAUGCAUUAA